UUUUUCUUUUCUAAAUAAAUUAUAUAUGUAGUGCUCCUCUAUUAAAAAAAAAAAAAAACUAGUGCUACACAAAAAAACAGAAAUCAAUUAUGGCUUUUCAAGGCUAUCCAGUCUUGGGCCUUCUAGUUCUUCUUGGCUUAUUGACUAAUGUCAUAGCUGAUUCACCAAAAUUUGACGUUUCUUCAAUCAACCGGACCAGUUUUCCCAGUGAUUUUAUUUUUGGGACAGCAUCAUCGGCUUAUCAGUAUGAAGGUGCAGCACAUGAAGAUGGUAGAGAACCAAGUAUAUGGGACACUCUCACUCAUGAACAUCCAGAAAGGAUAACAGAUGAAAGCACUGGCGAUGUAGCUAACGAUCAAUAUCAUCGUUACAAGGGAGAUGUUCGGAUUAUGAAAAAGAUGGGCUUAGAUGGAUACAGAUUCUCAAUCUCAUGGUCUCGAGUAUUGCCAAAAGGAAAACUAUCUGGGGGUGUCAAUAGGGAAGGAAUCAAAUACUACAACAAACUAAUCAAUAAGCUCCUAGACAGAGGUAUACAUCCCUUUAUUACCCUCUUCCAUUGGGAUCUUCCCCAGGCAUUGGAAGAUGAGUAUGGUGGUUUUUUGAGUCCUCAUAUUGUGGAUGACUUUAAAGAUUAUGCUGAGCUUUGUUUUAAAGAAUUUGGUGAUCGUGUCAAGCAUUGGAUCACACUAAAUGAACCAUGGAGUUACGUCAAUGGUGGUUAUGUUACGGGGCAAUCACCACCAAAUCGAUGUUCUAGUUGCACAGUUGGAGAUUCCGGAACAGAGCCAUAUUUGGUGUCACAUUAUCAGCUUCUUGCUCAUGCAUCCGCUGUCAGAGUGUAUAGGCAAAAGUAUCAGGAAGUACAGAAAGGUAUUAUCGGUAUAUCCCUAAAUGCACCCUGGUUUGUGCCAUUCUCUAACUCGAGGGCCGACCAUGAUGCUACACAAAGAGCCAUUGAUUUCGGUUAUGGAUGGUUUGUGGAUCCCCUAACCAAUGGUGACUAUCCACAUAGCAUGCAAUCUCUAGUUGGCAACCGAUUACCCAAAUUCACAGAAGAGCAAUCCAAGCUUGUAAAAGGAUCAUUUGAUUUUCUUGGGUUAAACUACUAUACUACUAAUUAUGCAGCUGAUGCACCCAAAGCUGAAAACGCAAGCUACGCUACAGAUAUGCGAACUAAUGUUACUGCUGAGCGUAAUGGGAUCCUCAUCGGUCCACAGGCGGCUUCAUCAUGGCUCCAUGUCUAUCCAAGAGGAAUUCGAGACUUUCUAUUAUACACAAAGACAAAGUACCAUAACCCACUAAUUUUUAUUACUGAGAAUGGCAUUGAUGAAUUCAAUAAUGCUACAUUGUCGCUCAAGGAAGCCCUUGUGGACAACUUUAGAAUUGAUUAUUAUUAUAAUCAUCUUCAGUAUCUUCAUAGGGCUAUCAAGGAUGGUGUUAACGUGAAGGGAUAUUUUGCAUGGUCACUAUUGGACAACUUUGAAUGGAAUUCAGGUUACACCGUUCGAUUUGGCAUCAACUUUGUAGAUUACAAAAAUGGAUUGAAAAGAUAUCCCAAACUUUCAGCCCGUUGGUUUAAGAGAUUCCUCAAGCCAUAAGAUGACAAAUUAAUGACUAUGCUCAUGUUGAACUACAAACUAGAGAAGACUAUAAGAUCAUUUCUUUUCUA